AUGUCGCGACAGCCAUCAUUUGCUCGCGCAAAUGUGCUAGUUCUUGGGACGAACUCCAUAUAUGCUCUUCUGCCCUCGACCCUCAUCUCGCAAGCGGACGCGCUACUGCAAGCGCACCGAAUAAAGGAUGCCGCCGACCUCGCUGACCAGCAGCGGAGGAAGAUCCAAGCGUCAAUCACAGUCGACGAACACGAAGCGGAAGAACUGCGCUACGUCUAUCAACGCCUAGGAUUCCAGUGCUUGACGGAGACGCUCUUCGACGAUGCCGGCAGGCACCUCUUCGCCGGAGAACUGGACCCUCGCGUGCUCAUCAGCUACUUCCCGGAUGUUCGGGGAGACCUCUUCACGGAGGAUGACUCCGUCGAUGUCUACGCAGGCGUAGCAGAGUAUCUGCCCCACGAAGAAUCCAUAGACGACAUAAUCGCCGCAAAUCUAGUCCUCAACUACUCCCCGCACCUGUCGCCGAACACUCGCGAGGCGCCGCCCGCCAUCGAGCUCAGGGAGAUGCUGAAGAUGACUGCACGGGACAUGCUGGAGGCGUACUUGAAGAAGUGGCGGGCGAAGCUAAAGAUGGAGGAUCCGAAGCGGGCGCACCAGUUGCAGCCCGUCUUGGCUACUGUCGAUACUGUCUUAGCGAAACUCUACGUCGCGCAUUCGAAACCAGCCGAUCUGAACACACUAUUGGCCGAACCAAACUGCAUCAUUCUCCAGGAGCUCGAGCCGAUUUGCAUCCAGGGCGGGUACUUCGACGCACUUUGCCGGCUCUAUUGGCAGUACGGGCAGGAGUCAAAGCUCUUGUCUACAUGGGCGAAGCUGGUAGAUGGCGAGUGGAAGGAUAAUGAGGUCAAGGACCCGUUGGGGAGUAUGUUUGCAUUGCUCGGCGAGCGGAGAGACAGGACUGUCAUCCAACAAUGGAGUAUCUGGCUUACGAAACGAGAUCCGGAUCGUGCGCUCAAGCUCCUGACCUCACUAUCCUCGGGGAAGCGGACAGCAGAAGACGACAGGAACCUCCUCACACAGCUCUGGGAAGCUGACACUUCUGCAGGGCGGAGAUACUUGGAGCAUCUCGUCCUUCAAAAGCGCAGUCAGAAUCCAGAUUUCCACAUGCAGCUCGCCGUGAGUUGCGUUGACGAACUGCUCUCGUGUCUCGCGGAAGAGUCGACAUCUAAGCUAUGGCGGGCCAAACUAUCCUCAUACACGUCAUCCCGCGCCGACACAUCCUUCCUCUCUUACUUCGCGUCCACCACUCCCGACAGCCCCGCAACACGCACACGCCUCAAGACGAUCCUCUUCCUCCAAGGUUCAACACUGUACGACCCACAUCCCAUCCGACAACGGCUCCUCGAGCAUGAGAAGCUUUUCCGCUUUGAGAUUGCCAUUGUUGAUGGCAAGCUCGGUGAGCACCGCUCUGCCCUUGCCUCCCUCGUGCACGACCUGCACGACCCAACUUCUGCCGAGAUCUACUGCACACUUGGCGGCGAGAUUGUUCCGCCUAAGACCGCGCAGUCGCUCGGGGAGCGCUUCGAUAUCCAGGCAUGGGCAGCGCUCAUUGCGCCUCCUGCGACGCCCGGGAAGGCGGGUCUUCCAAAGGCGCAAUCGAUGAGUCGACUGGUAACGGUCGACGGGGAGCUCAAGAAGAAUUUGGUCCGAAUAUUGCUGGAGGUGUAUAUGAGCGGGGGAGAAGCGACGGCCGAGCGGACGGCGAGGUUCCUCAACGCGCAGGCAAUGAAUCUCGAUGUGCUUGACGUCAUCUCUCUCAUCCCACCAGAUUGGCCUCUGAGUAUUCUCUCCACCUUCGUCGCUCGGUCGUUACGCAGGACGCUGCACGCACACCACGAAGGCCAGAUCGUCAAGGCCAUCAGCGCGAGUCAAAAUUUGGCGGUGGCCGAGCGGACAUGGCUGGUCAUCCGCGAGCAGGGCGCCGUCAUCGAGGAGGCUGUGGACGACGGAGAGGAUGGGGACGAAAAGGGGUUGCCUGCAUCCUUCGACGAGAAGGUCGCCCUGCAAGCCGGGGAGCUCGCGCAAGAAGCAUCACCGGAGGUCGUCGACAUCCAUCAUCCACAGCCAGGCGUGAAAGAGGCAGCAUCGCCUCAAGAUCCGCAAUUCGAUGUCGAAGUGGGUACAUGA